AUGCAAGAAGACCUAAAUAGUAUUGACGGUCCGGAGGGGCUCAACAAUUUAAAUGCACGCCCUGCUCAUAUGUUGAGCGUCGUGGAACUAUGUAACAAUAGUGACGAGGAUGUAGAGAGUGUUGCAACGACAGGAGACGUGGCUAUUGAGACACCCGUGCACUCGGGUGAUGAUGGUGGUAACGAGAGUGGAGAGACGAUAGAUGAUGGAUGGGCUGAUCAUAAUCGAUGGUAUUGCAAUAUUUGCAAAGAUGGAGGAGAGUUACUGUGUUGUGAUCGCUGUCCACGUGCUUUCCACAUGACUUGUUUAGGUAUUAGCAAUGAUAUGAUUCCAGACAGAGAGUGGUAUUGCAAGAUGUGUGCAGAAUGUUUAGACCGACGUCGAUUGAAACAGGAAUCGAAAGAAAAAGCAAGAGUGAUGCGUGAAACGGAAAAACUGGAACGAGAUGCUCGUCGACGUAAAGCUGAACAGAUGAAAGAAGAAAUGCUCGCGAAAAAGUCGGUUGAGGCAAUCGAGCACAAGGCCAAACGUGUGUUGGAAAUGCAGGAUCGAAUUCUCAGCCGUAAGAAAAUCAAGUACAAAGACAAAGAAGAGGAGAAACUGGGCAAAAUGGCUGAAGAACUUGCUCAAACCGUGCGGUCAUCUAAAGAAAAGCUGGAAAAGCUGGAAAAGGAGGAUGCAGCCCUUCGGAAAAAAGAGGAGGCUCUUAAAAAAAAGAAGCGCGGAGUUGACGAUAUUCCACUCGACGUUACCGAGGUUACGUCGCGUUCCGACAAACCCAAGCCAGUGCCAUGCAAUUUUGCAGAAAUUCCGACCAAGUAUGUUGGCAAGAUGCUUGCAGUGUGGGAUUGUAUCUAUGCGUUCCGCGACAUUUUGGAACUGGCGGAAAUCAUAGUAGACCAAUUUUGUCGCGCGCUAAAUCAUUCAAAGCACUCAUCUAUGCUGACUGAGGUUCACAUGUGUUUAAUGGAGAAGAUUUUAGAGGACAGAGAAGACGAGGACUAUUUGUCCGAUGAUGAAAGCUCGAUGGAUGACAGUGAACGAUACCGAUACGAAAUCCAGCACGCCCCUUUAACUGUGGGCGUGCCGACACGCUCAAUGCUCACUUCGCUCACUUGGCCGUCAAUUUUGUGUGGCUUAAUUUCUGCUGUACCUCGCUACACAGCACACUCCACGCCGACAUUCCUAGCCGCAUUUAAAGCGCUACAAGAUACCGAUUAUCCGGCGCUGCAAGUGCAGCACAAACUGGCGCUACUGCAGUUCCUAGUCGGUCGCUUCGUUGGCACGGAAAAAGUUCGCCACGUGCUUGGGAAGCACUUAAAUGAGGUUAUACAAGGAUCCAAGGAAUAUAAUCGCAACGUAAUGCUUGACCGGAAGCUCACGCUUGAGGAUGAGAAGAAGCUGCGCGAGAAGCAGCGCGCAGAACUCGUUAGCUUUGUGGAGUCGAACAAAACGUCGAUGACGACUUGGUUGGGAAGUGACAAAAAGGGUCGAGCCAAUGGAGAUGCAGCCUCAGCUGACGGGUAUGAUGAUGAUAAAAGCGAUUAUAAUGGAGAUACGGGUUCAGGAAGUGACUCCGAUUUGGACGAUCUUGCUUACAAUGAAGAGGCCUUGUCGAAAAAUGAAGAAGAGCUAGAGAGACUUCAGCUACAGGGAUUCAUUUCCCGACAUGAAUACGUUGCCCGAAAAAAGAAACUUGACAAACAGCGUGAACGGUUGAGACAUAAAACGGAAGCAAAAUCACGCAAGCAAAAAAUGCAGGAACAAAUAGAGCGUAAGCGAGCGGCAGCAAAAAAAGGCAUCACUGAUGGCUUAACAUCGAAGGAUGCUGCUUUGCUUCGAAGUGCUAUUGAAAAGGCCAAGGAGUGUGGCCUUCCGGGACGUGUCAUUGUGUCGGCUACCCACGUACUGGAAAUUCUGGAUGCCGAAGCUGUUCGCGAAGAGGAAGCCUUAGUGAAGAAACGCAAGUUCAGUGCAUUGCUCCGUCAGUCGUUUGUGCGGUCAGAGCCGAUUGGGCGAGACAGAGACCAGCUGAGAUAUUGGAUUCUUCGAGGCGACUUACAAAGGUUGUACGUUGAAAAACCAGGUCCCCUGGAUAAGAUAAGGCGUAAGUAUGAGUCGUUGGCUAGAAGCGGAUCUCCUAGGGAUGGUUUGAUCGUGGAGGACGACGAUAGCAAUGCAACAUGGUACUGCUACUCUUCGCAAACAGAGGUGAACUUGCUAGUGGAAGCUUUAGACACGCGUGUUCCUCGUGAGGCUUGCCUUCGUUCAGCUUUGACUGACCACAUGAAAGAAAUUACGAGUGAAAUGCCUGUUUCAAAGCCUGGUUUGUUGAUUUCUGAUCUGUUAAACGAGGAGAGUGCUACCAAGCGUACUAUACCAGCCGCCCCGACCGAUGAAACAACGGAAUUUCUUCAGUGGAACAAUGACAAGCACCCAAAGCGCAAGUCAGUUAUGCAUGCAGAUCCAAGUGUUGACGUCUUCCGCGAAGUUCUGUUAAAAGGCCAGGACUGGAUUUGUAAGUGUCUUCGUACUUUAGGUUCAACGUGGCCAGAUCGCAAAGACAAUGGCGGAGCGGUUUGGCGAUUAUCUGUGCAAACCAUCGAUAAGAUCGAAGGCUUUGCAAGUGCUUUGUUUAGUUUAGAAAAUGAGCUGAUGUUUGCUCAAUGCAAGUUGAAGCAAAGACCCAGCGUGGCAGCAGCAGACGAAAACAAGAACGACAGUAUCUCCAACGAGGAACACGACAAAUCUGAUGAGAGGAGUGAUGAUGAGGACGACGAUGAAGAGGAGGAGGCUAUUGAUCCUUUAGUGGAUGACGGCACAAUGCUAUGGCCGUCAAAAUAUUGCCGCGAGCGUUGGAUCCAGAGCGUUAAGUGUGGUAAGACAAUUGCAGUGAUGGCCACUGCUUUAGCCUCAUUGCUGCAUCGCCUAGAAGUGCUUGGUUUCUUGAAUGCGUUAGAUGAAGAUGCGAUGAAAAUACGCGCGAAGAGUGAAAAGGAAAAGCAGUCUCGUAAGGAGCGGGCAGCUAAGAAAAAGAAACAGGUCGAGGACGACGAAGAAGGUCACAUGCGUGAGUCCGUGGAUGAGUGGGAAGAGGACUGCUACAUUUGCAGCGAAGGUGGUGAACUGGUAUGCUGCGACGGCUGUCGUCAUGUGUUCCAUUACCCAUGCAUUGGGCUUCGUCGUAUCCCUCGCGGGAAAAUAUUUUGCCACGAAUGCGACACAUCGGUUAAGCCUGUGAUUCCUGCAAAGAAGAAUGAAAAGGUUUUGUUAAAGCGGCCUAGCCGGUCGCAUUCUCCAUCAUUACGGCAUCAGCCUCGGAAGCAAGCAAAGUUACUGAAGGCAGAGUCCGAGUUUGACGGAAGUGAUGCUGAAUCCGAUUCAGCUGUAUCCACAACCUCUUCUGCUCGCCCUGCGUCGAGAAAGACAUCUCCGAUGCGGCAUAAGUUUAUCGAGAGUCACGUGAGACCGAAGGCUCAGGACGAUCAAUGGGAUGUUGACUGCAGUGUCUGUAGCUUGGGAGGUGAGCUGCUCUGUUGUGAUGGGUGCCCUCGUGCUUUUCAUGUCAAGUGUAUCGAUUUGGCCGAAAUUCCUGAGACAGAGUGGUUCUGCAAUGAGUGCAACCUACAAACAUGCGGGACAUGUAAGAAAAAUAAGAUUCGGCUUGACUCGCAUGUCAUUUGCGGAUCUGAGGACGGCUCCAAGGGCUGUGAUCGUGUUUUUCACCUGAAAUGUGCGAAGCUUGACGUUGUUCCAGCCGAUGACUGGUACUGCAAAAAGUGCCGCACGAAGCUGAACCUGCAUGUAAACAUGUUUGCUAAAGGAAUUCUCGUGCUUGUUGGAUUACGACUGCUACUACUUGAAGCGGUCUCCAAAAUUUUUGAACACCUCACAUUUCGUGUAGAAUGA